GCUAGACACCAUAAACACGACAGCAAAUCUACUAAUCCAAUCCACCCACUUCAAACAGUUUUUUUUAAUCAAAGAAACUUGGACUUUAAAAGAUAAAUGAAAUGAAGCAUGUAGUCAGUUUGUUCGUGUUGCCAGCCCGAUCGGUCAUUUCGGGGUCUUUUUUAUAUUUGUCUGUGUUCUUUAUAUUCGGCUGGCAGUUAAGGUAGAGACCAUAUUCGCAGCGUGCAGAUACCAGCAUGUAAACGACAAUUUUAUUUUUUAAGUGAUAUUACGAUAGUGACAUUGAUUUCUCCAAAUUGCAGUUAUUUGUGCAGUGCGCUACAAACAGGCAACAUUGCAACAUUAUGGCCACAUCCAAAUCGAGGGCGGCGGUGGGACUUGCAGUCGCAGGAUCACUCGUGCUUGUUUUGGGGAUCGUCCUAGUGUUUGUGCGUCCUCUAAUAAUUGACGAUCAAAUAAUAAAGAAUGUGGAGAUCAACCCAAAGAAUGACUUGUCCUACACCAUGUGGAAAGACAUCCCUGUGCCAUUCUUCAUGUCGAUCUACUUCUUCAACAUCCUCAACCCUGAUGAGGUUCUGAAUGGGGAGAAACCAUUGGUGGAAGAGAGAGGCCCAUAUGUCUACAGGGAAUACCGUCAGAAGGAUAACAUAACAUUCCAUGCCAACCAGACCGUGUCAUACCGGGAGUAUCGGCGGUACCACUUUGUGAGGAACAUGUCUGUGGGCAGUGAGUCUGACGUGGUCACCAUCCCCAACAUGCUAGUGCUGGGUGCAGCAGUGAUGAUGGAGGACUUGUCACAGGAGUUACGCCGUUUUGUUAGCUCCGUCUUCAGUGCGUUCAAGGAGGAGGCCUUUCUCACUAAGCCAGUGGGUGAGCUGAUGUGGGGCUACGACAGCCGGCUGGUGCAGUUCCUUAACAAGUUCUUCCCGGGCAUGCUGCCUGCAUCUGGCAAGUUCGGCCUGUUUGCCGAGUUUAACAAUUCCAACACUGGACUUUUUACUGUGUUCACCGGCCAGGAUGACAUCAGAAAAGUCCACAAAGUUGAUUGGUGGAAUGGUCUCAAGGAGCUGAGCUACUGGAGGACCAAGCAGUGCAACAUGAUCAAUGGGACUGCUGGUCAGAUGUGGCCCCCCUUCAUGACCACGGACUCCACCCUGUCCUUCUACAGUCCCGAUGCCUGCCGGUCAAUGGAGCUGGUUUACCAAAGGCCAGGGGUCAUGCGGGGAAUUCCUGUCUAUCGCUUUGUGGCUCCCACGACUCUCUUUGCCAAUGGGUCAGACUACGCCCCGAACCAGGGCUUCUGCCCCUGCAGGCAGUCUGGUAUCCAGAACGUCAGCACAUGCAGACUCAAUGCUCCAGUGUUCAUCUCUCACCCGCACUUCUACAACGGGGACCCAGUCCUCCGCGACUUCGUUCUGGGGCUCGAUCCUUCAGAAGACAAGCAUGGCCUCUUCAUUGACAUCCAUCCGGAGACCGGCGUGCCGAUGAACGUAUCCAUCCGGCUGCAGCUCAGCCUGUACAUCAAAGCGGUGUCGGGCAUCAAGCAGACUGGCAAGAUUUCUGAAGUAGUGAUGCCCAUGAUCUGGUUUGAAGAGAAAGGGUACAUCGACGGCCCGGUGCUGACCACGUUCUACAGGAACCUGGUGCUGAUGCCGACCAUUCUGGAAUACGUCCAGUAUGUCCUCAUCGGCUUGGGCCUCCUUGCUCUCCUGGGGGCUGCUGUUCUGUGUUACUGGGAGAAGAGGUCUUUGAGACAAGGGAAAGGGACGUCUACAAAGCAGAAGGGCAAUGGGGACUGCGUAAAAGACAGGGUAAACGACCAGAGUGUGUUUGCGAGGCAGCCUGAAAAGUUUGUCUUGGCUGGCACAGAAACGCAGCUCUGAAGAGUUUGGUCCAUCUCACCCAGUUAAGGACCCGACCUCUUCUGCCACUGAAACGACUCCUCUGCUACAGAAUGGCCCAGACUGAGAACGACUUCCUCCCCAGGCUCCCUCACUCACCCCCACCUCACAGAUCCACAGCCCUGGCCUGCUCACCAGGGCAAAGAUUGCUGAAUUGCAUUUGGAGGCCUACCUACCCUGAAAGGCUGUAGGUUUUGGGUUCGUUCCAAGUACCUAACCCUUCCCUGAGUAGAUCACGUGCUUGUGAAGCGUGCAGGGUGUCGACGUUUUGGCACUUAUUUAAUCCUCAAGUAUUUGAGGAUUAUUAUUUUUAAUAUAUAUUUUUUUAUGCAGCAAUACUGAAACGUGUCUGGCUUAAACCCACAGCUGAUGGAAGAACUUUAGGCUCUCGGUGACUCCCUGACUGAUCCCACUCACAGCUUUUAAACAUUAGAAAGUGGAUCAAACCACACAGUGACUCACAGAAAUCCCACCCAAAGUGGUUUCAGAACCACCUCAUUUCUCCCAUUACUGCUCACAUUUGUUUACAUCUGGGGAAAAAAUAACAACAGUUGCUAUUUAAUUAUGUAGCAGUUAAAAAAAAAUCAUGAAAUACAAAAUAUUUAUGAAUAUGUUUGCAGUAUUAUGGUUUUGGAUUUUUUUUUUUCCUGAUUACCUCGUGCUUAGGAAAUAUGCAAUGUGUGAAUCAUGGCUUGUGAGGAUAUGUGUGGUGGCACAGAAACGUCGGCUAAUCUUUGGGGUUUAGUGCUCCUAAGAGACACCUGCGCCCUCUGGUGGUUGACUAAUGGAACCUUACGUGAUUUACUUUGAUAUGUGGCCCAGGUUCUUAAAUUUUGUUAAGGGAAUUUGGGAAGCAAUGAACUGUUGGAUAAUUGGUAAAGCAUUGCACAGGAAAAUUAUGAAAGCAUUAAUUGAAAUGCUUUUGAUGAGCAUUGUUUUUUUUUGCACUGCCUCCUUCAGAGUUUUGGUAAAUGGUUGUGUAAGGAAACCACAUUUGCCUCAUUAGAUGCCAGUUGAGCUGUUAAUGUGAAUGACAUGAAUGUUAUACUUCGGGCUUUUUCACUAGUGCCCACAUGAAGCACCUUUUAAUAACGGUUGUCGUAUAACUUCUGCACCUCUAUGCGACAUCCACAUAAAAAAUGUACUCAAUGUUAGGUUUACAUGCACUCAAAAUAAAAGGGUAAAUCAAA